AUGAAGCUCAGGAAGCAGCAACCGGAGAGCAGCGUGCCAGCUGACCCCGAUGAAGUCGUCGUCGUCGUCGUGGACGACGGGAGCCAGAUGCCAAAGAAAGAAAAGAGAGGAUUCAGUGGGCUCUUCAAAAAGAAGGGCAAGAACGGACAAGAGAGAGGGUCCAACUCUCCCCCAGCUGUUGCAGUCAGCAGCGAAGAUGCACCAGUUGCUGCACCGCAUGGAGAUUCAGCAUAUGCCAGCAGCGAGCCUGAUCCGGCACCGUCGACGGCAGGGGCCUCAUCUUCCCACUUCACUCCCAUGGAGAACACGGGCCAGUUUCCAGGGGUCGAUUCCGACAGAAACAUCGCGAUGAACAAAGAGACUGGCGACGUGCGAGAUGAGGAGACGGGAGAAGUCGUCACGACAACAACGACCACUACCACGACCACCACGACCACGACAUUAAAAGGUGGCAACAAGAAGGACGUCAAGACCGAAGUCGUCACGCAACCUGGUGACCGUGGGCCAUGGAACAGCAAUAGCAACGCCGGCAGAGACGCAAGGCGCGAGAGCACCAUUUCCGAGAUGCCAGCAGAUCCCAUUUCACCUCAUCGUACCGACGCAGUAACUGGGACCUCCCCGACAAACCACGAUCAUGUGCCGCCAGUACCACAACGAAGCCCGAAUAACCGGAGAUCCACAGAUCAGCUGCACGAUACCAUCCGCGAAGAUGACGAACGGGAGGACCCCGUGAGCCCGGUCCAUACCAGCAGCGGCGCAAACUUCAGCUAUCCAGGCAGAGCAAGUGGCCCUUCUUAUGCCUCUGGGGAUGAACAAUCGACCAUGACGGAAGGCACAGGCACGAUCACACCACGCGUCAACGCCAGCAGUACCUUCGAGAACCUCAAAAUGGCAGCCAAGGGUCUCCAUGUAAGUUCUUGAGACAAAUUCGCAACUAACCUUUUGCUUACAUUCCUCCUAGGGCGUCGGCGAGACUCUUCGGGGCACUCUCAACAGCGAAAUGGACCAGCGCUUCCCCCGGCGCAACGCGGACAAGGCAGCAGCAGCGAACGCGAAGAAUCAGGCCGUCCUGCAAGGCGGACAGCGGGAAAUGGAAGGUAUUCGAAUCGAUCGAUGAACCCCUGAAGACGACACAUAAUAACUUGGUUGAUACAAGUCUUGAGCGAAGAGACGACACUUACCGCCGAUGAAAAGCCGACUUUCACCAAUACGAAUGAUCUGGCGACACCGAAGCGCGAGCCGGAGGAUGACGAAGAAGACACAGAGCGUUUCCCGAGGAAGAGUCCUCGAAGGGGGUCUAUACCUCUGAGCUAUCUCAAAGCCAGGGCCAGACGGCAGACUUGA